AUGCGCAAACCCUCACGAGCGGCGCUCAUCGGUGCCGAUCCAAAAGACGAUCACCUUCACCAAUUCGAAACCUCAUGGCUACUCUCACCAACCAUCCUAGCCUGUGUCCGAGGUCUCAUCGCCCUCUACAUCUUCACCACCAUAAUCGUCAUCUGGAUAUGGUACGGCACGCACGAUGACCGUGUCGCAAUUGGCGAAUCCUUCAGCUACUUCACCUGGCUCACCUACUGGGGUCUGGGAUUCUACUUCCUAGUCUCCACCAUCCACACAGCCCUCUACGCACGGACGGGCCGCUCCGUGCUCUUCGAUCGCUGGCCGCGUGCCUGUCGCGUGCUUCAUGGCUUCUUCUAUGCCAGCAUCACCACCUACCCGUUCCUCGUUACUAUCGUCUUCUGGGGUAUCCUAUUUACCCCGCCUUUCUACAAGGUCACGUUUCCAGGAUGGUCAAAUAUCUCUAUGCACGGGCUGAACUCCUUUUAUGCCCUUCUGGAAAUCUUCCUUCCGGCUACGGCGCCACACCCCUGGGCUAGUAUUCCGGUCCUGAUCCUCGUCUUGCUGUUCUACCUCUGUGUUGCCUAUAUCACCUACUAUAACCAGGGCUUCUGGACCUAUUCGUUCCUGGACACUGAGCACGGCAAGAAGAGUGGGAUCGUCGCGGGCUACUGUUUUGGAAUCCUGGCUGGUAUCCUGGUCCUCUUCUGUAUCUCCAGGGGUUUGAUCUGGGUGCGGAGACGAGUGACCGGUGAUAAGAGAAAGAGAUCUCCCCGUGAUUCCGCUCGCGGACAAGAUGUGUCUGAUAUUGACAAUUUCAAUAUGCAAGCCGAGUCAAGUGACAUGAAGUUUGUCACCGUUUAA